GAGAGAGAGGGAGAGGGAGAACGUAAAGUGCGAGUCUAGUCUAGUUCAAAAGUUCAAAACAUUCGACAGUUAUCCCUUCCUCUUCUCCGCAUUUGGGGCCACCAUGGACUCCGACGACGAGCUUCAGACCAUCCUCAUCGAGCAAAGCCACGAACUCGCCGCCUCCAAGACCUUCGAGUCCGAUCUCGACCUCGCCUUCCAACUCCAAAUGCAAGAGGCACUCCACACCUCGUCCUUCGCCCUCCACCACCACUCCCCGCCGCACUCAACACCACCGCAGUUUCAGUUUCCAGACGACGACGGCUCGGACCUCGUCGCGGAAGAGCUCGCGGCCGAGGAGAUCGCGCGGUUCGAGCGGGAACGCAGCGACCGCGAGCAGGCCGAGGCCGAGACACGGCGCAUGCGCGACGACCUCGGCCGCCGGAUCCACGACCAGGCCUUUGCCCUCAACCUGAGCCAGAUGGACGACGACGAGUGGGCGGAGAGCGGUGGGAGCGUCGUCAUGCCGUACUACGGGGAGGGAUCUUCUUCCGGUGCUGCGGGGGAGGCUCUCCUCAGGUUGUAUUUCAAGGGUGUGGUGAGAGAAGGGACGGCCAGGGGUAAAACGACGGCGUCGGCUGCGGGGGUAGGGAUCGCGAUAUGUGAUGUGAGAGAUGAUAGGGUUUUCGAAUUGCGGAGGCCUUUGGUCUGUGGUGGUGGUGGUGAUAUGAGCGCCGAAAUGGCGGAGGUGAAGGCGUUGAUAUUAGGGCUGGAAGCCGCUCUUAGUUUGGGCAUUCAGCGGAUCACCGUGUUUUGUGCUGACAAUUCGCUCCACCAAUAUGUUACUGGAAAAUCGAUACCAAGGCAGGGAAAUAUAGCCACCUUGGUUAGUCAGGUGACUCUUCUCCAAAGGAAGUUUUCAUAUUGCAGUCCAUCACUUGUAAGACAAAAAGACAUUAAGUUUGCCCUCGAACUUGCAUAUGAGGCUCUAGUUUCUCAGGUCACCCGGCCAGAAGUAAAUACCAGUAACGGGAAUACAAAGGAGAAUUGUCCAAUUUGUUUAGAAGAUACGAAUAGUGGCAAGAUGUUUGCUAUUAAGGGUUGCCUGCAUCGAUACUGCUGUUCUUGUAUGAAAUCGCAUGUGCAUGUGAAGUUGGUUCAAGGGAUGCUUCCAAAAUGCCCUCAUGAUGGAUGCAAGACUGACCUCACUACAGAGAUGUGCAAAACAUUCUUGACACCAGAGUUAUAUGAUAUUAUGUGCCUCCGUGUAAAGGAAUCAUCCAUUGAUGCAGCAGAUAAAAUCUACUGCCCAUACCCUAGGUGCUCGGCAUUAAUGUCGAGAAUUGAAAUUUCUGUGAAUACUUGUGUUGGCGGACCCUGCAGAUGCAAGAGGUGCCGGGGCCUGUUCUGCUUGUAUUGCAAGGUCCCAUGGCACAAUAACAUGAGCUGUGGUGCCUACAAAAGGUCAAAUCCAUCCCUCUCUGCAGAAGAUGCAAAGCUGAAGUCUCUUGCGAGGAAGAAUAUGUGGCGCCAGUGUGUGAAAUGCAGCCAUAUGGUUGAACUUACAGAAGGUUGCAACCAUGUUACCUGCAGUUAAUUUCUUCCAAACACUUCUACGUUGACUUGCCUUGGGGCUUUGAAUCCUGUUGUAGCGCCAUAAUGGACCCAAUUAACCAACUGGGAUAGCUAGUUAUUUUUAUCGUGAGGAAGGAAGAAGAUGGAGGGUACUGACCUAUUAUUUUUGUAACGAAUCCAACUUACUGCUUUGCUAGCCACUUCUCUUUUAUUUUCCUUCAAUUCUGCAACUCCCUUUACGAGUCCUAUAAUCAAAACACAAUUUAGUGUUUGUUAUACUGAUUUCUCAAUUUGCUCCUUUACCGUGUGUUGUCUUUGUAAUGACUGCUUGUCGAGACUUGAGAUAUCCUUGAACACGUGUGCAUGCAUGAGCGCAAGUGCGAGCGUGAAAGCAUAUUUCAAAUACAUCCCGAACAACUAAAAUUUGCGAGAGCAAAGAUUGAGAGCACGAGCAUAGAGUAAGGAUUGAGAGCGCGAGCGGAGGCCCCCUAUUGAAGAAUUAUGUGACUAAGGUCUUACCUAUUAAUUGCUCUGCAUCAUUAUCACCGAAAACUACCAUGAAUCUAAUCCUACCUGGAAUGAAUUGAUAUCUUGGAUUACUUCUAUCUUUGUCUGUUCACGUUUGCCUCAAUAAUACUGUUGCCAACCAUACUUUUCUUAUGUGUCCAGAUGCGGCCAUCAGUUUUGCUACAGUUGUGGAUCCGAGUGGAGGAAUAAGAAAGCAACUUGUAAAUGUCUUCUCUGGGAUGAGCAGCGUAUCUUAUAUGCUGAGCGUAACGGACAGCGGCAAAGACUGGGAUGAUACGGAUUUGUGGAAUAACCAAACUCUGAUCCAGAUUGCCCACGAAAUUGACCUACAAAUCUUUAUGCGCACACAACCAUCGGGGCUUAUAUUUCCCGAAAAGGGAAGUUAAGUUAUUCUAGUAGGAUAGCGAGUGGUUUUCAUGAUUGGUAAGCUUAAUUUACUGCGGUAUCUUCUAAUUUUUUGAUGGAAAUUAGGCUGCAAGUUGAUGACUGUUUCCUUUCCAAUAAGCAAAGGUUCCUGAUGACUCUUUUCUGACUACUGUCUACUUUAUGAAAGUGCCAUGCCGUUUUUUCGCCACAAACUGUUACUAUGAAGUUUUGUUGAGGGGGUUGUCCAGCAGUCCCACAUCGUCAAAACGUGAGAACUUGUAAGCAUUUAUAUAACACAGUCCAGGAGGAAUGUUCGUCCCUUCGGGGACAUCCGAUAAAAUUGGAACGAUACAGAGAAGAUUAGCAUGGCCCCUGCGUAAGGAUGACACGCAUAAAUCGAGAAAUGGUCCAAAUUUUUUUAUAUAUAUUUUGAAUUCCCAAACAGCACUCUAGUUUCUUUCCUUUCCGAACACAACCCUGAGCUUCAAGAGCAGCUCUCUCCUUUUGAACUCUGGUUAUAUGAUCAAUUGGGCUGUAAUCAUGAAAGCAACCAUUGUUUGUUCAGGGUUCGUGACAAAUGUAGAUAAAUCAGUGCCGGAAUGAUGUUUCCUUUC